GACUUGCGAGUCGGUUCGACCGGCUUACUAAAAAGAGCCGGUUCAAAGGAGUGAUUCGUUCACAAGUCGGACCUCGCUAUCUCUCAUAAACGAGUUUUGCUGAAGAAUAGUUUGGAGGAGCACGUGAUCUGAGGUGCCCUCUAUGUGAGCGCGCCUCGGAACGCAACAGCUGCACAGUGAGAGAUUUGCAAACAUUGAAAGCGCAGCUUUUUGGCCGGCUAACAAUUGGCUAACGCAGCUAACCAGAAUACGACUUAAUAUCCGAAGAACUUAUAUGUAUUUAACUCUGACACACGUAUCAUUCCAAAUACCUUCUAAUAACCGUGUCUGCUAUAGUAGCUUGAAUACCUGACGAGUGAACAUAUUGGUUCUGCCUGUCAGGACAUAAUUCCUUUUUGUGAAUCACAAGAUAUCUGAAGAGAUUUCACAUGUAAACGCCUACCAGUGGCAAGCCUCAACUACUUUGUGUGUAGUUCGUCAUGUCUCAUUAUAGGGGUACAGUGAAGCUUUCUGAGGAUAAUCUUUUUUGGAAUUUCAUUUGAAAACAGUGAGAAUCUUCUGAACCAAGUCUUUUACAUGAGAGCGACUUAUAGAACCAACAGUUUCAUAUUUUUUCUCAAGUAAAAGGGUGUUAAGUAAAGCCUUUGACAUGCCCACCCACCCUCUGAUUCCAUAUGUGGAAAGUCCUGAUGGGCUAGGCCAUGAUAUCUUGAACCACAGUAGUGCUACCAUGCCUGGGGCUGGCUCCAGUAUGACGCCCCAUGUCAUCCUGGCGGAGAAAGCAGAUGCGCAGGUGGCAGGCAGCCUGCCUCUGGACUGCAUGUUUUGUGAGGAAACCUUUCAGAGUGAAGAGGAGCUCGGUCCACACCUCUUCGCGCAGCAUCACACCACAUUCCACGCCCCGGCCGUGCUACGGGUGGAGGCUGAACUCUUAAGCCCUGGAGAGAAAGCCUGCUCCAAGGCAUGCCUACCCACCGAGCCUGAGGAGCAACUGGGUUGCAUAGUGUGCGGCCAGGCCACUGAAGAUGCGGCCAAACUAGAAGCUCAUAUGAGAAAGCACAAGGAUUCCUUCAUCUAUUGCUGUACCCUGUGUGGCCGGCGCUUCAAGGAGCCCUGGUUCUUGAAGAAUCACAUGCGAACCCAUGGAAAAUCUGGGGCCAAGAGUAAGAUUCAGGACAUUGAGUUGCCUGUCACCAUCAAUGACAUCAUCCAAGAACAUCCAGCAUCACCUGCAGUCACAGCGUACAAAAUGUGCAUGGUCUGCGGCUUCUUCUUCCUCAACAAAGAGGUGCUAGCUGAGCACAGUAAAGUGCACAGUCGAGAACCAGAGGUGAAUGAGGAGAGUGUCUCUGCUGACUGCCAGCCUGUUGUAGAGGCUCCUGCCUCUCAGGAAGGCUUCCUGCAGUGCCUUCAGCUGCAGCCAAGGUCCAGGGAGAAUGCAGUGCAGAACAGCCAGCCUGGCCGCUGGAUCUCGCAACUCGACCCUUUCAAUACCUACCAAGCCUGGCAACUGGCCACUAAAGGCAAGAUUGCUGUAGGCCCGAAUCUUAACAAGGAGCUCAAUGCAGACUCUAACUCAGACAACGAGGACUUCGGUUCUGAUAAAGAAGAGCUUGGCUCUAUCUGGGACUCAAGCAGCGGUGACAAGCCAGUGAGGAGGGGCCUUAGAAAUGAACUGAAGCCCAAAUUCAAUGGUGGAGAGACCCAUUUGCAAGAUCAGAAGAGUCUGAUGCGCAAAGAUAAGCCAACAGACUGUGAGGAGUGUGGGAAGACUUUCAGGACUUACCAUCAGCUAGUGCUGCACUCCAGAGUUCACAAGAGAGAAAGAGGUGGAGCAGAGAGCCCCACAACACCUGUGGAAGGAAGGGCUCCGAGCGUGGGCUCUGCUGGCAGUCCAUCACUGGACCAAGUGGAGGAGUGCUCUGAGGAUGGCUCUGAAGAAGGGGUACCUGGAGAAGUUUUUCAUUCAGAUAAAAGUGAAGAUGGCUCACACAAAAUGAAACUGAAAAUUCUUGCUCCAAGGAAAUGCUGUUACUGUGGCAAGACUUUCCGUUCCAACUAUUACCUCAAUAUUCAUCUCAGGACACACACAGGUGAAAAACCUUACAAAUGUGAAUACUGUGACUAUGCUGCAGCACAGAAAACCUCUCUGAGGUAUCAUCUGGACAGACGUCACAGAGACAAGCCUUUUACAGAGAUCCCCAACAUCCCCGUGAAGGGCCGAGAGUCUCCCAGGAAUGUGGAUGACAAGCAAGCUUCAAAAUCAUUUAAACAGUGGCCUGCUCCGAGCCCCGUUUCUGCCAUUAUCAAACAUGAAGCAGGGCCCAGCCAGCCAGGCAUUACCACUACCAGCUCUGUUGUCCGUGUCAAAGAGGAGUGUGGGAAUAUGUCUGCCACGACUCCUUAUACACCUCCUAGCGAGGCACACAUCAAAUGCCCUUUGCCCAUCAACCUUAAAGCUGAGGGGAAAGAGGCCUCAGAGGCACCAUUAAAUCUUUCCCUGAAAGCAUCUUUGUCCAUCUCUGCUACCUCAGUGCCUAGGAACAUGUUACUGACCAACUCAUGCACUUCCUGUGCUUAUGAAACCCUUUACCCUGAGGUCCUGCUCAUGCACAGGAAGCUUAUCCAUAAGGAAAACUUGGAUAUGAAGAAAAAUGGCUACAGGCCCCCCCUCAAGCCAAAACGGUACACCGGCUGCCCUCCAGCCCUUGAAGGCCGAGAUGUCACCCCUUUGCCUCACAUCAACAGAAAACACCCUCGCCGGACCAAGUCCCCACCACCCCAGUCGGGAAGGUCUGGGGAGAAGGUCCAGCCUUCUAAACCUCCUCAAAUGCCGAAGACUUCUCCUGCAAAGGAGCCUUGGAGAGACCCCCAGCACAGUACCCAGAGAAGCCGUGUUGCCGAAGGAGGUGCAGUCAUCCAGCCCAGGUUCUCAGACGUGGCGGUGGAAUCCAUCAGAAAAUUCAAUUCUCCUGUGACUGUGGACAGAGAACCGUCCACUCAGAAGCCUGGACCGGCUAGAACCAGCGUGAUCUGGCCCUCUGAGGCGGCCAGGCUGUGUCUUUCAGACCGCUUUAGGAGCUUGACACAAAUGGACUAUGGUGAGCCCUCCAGCAAGAGGCUAAAGCCUGCAGAGCCUCUUCAGGGCACUGGAAGGAUCGGGGACGAGUUCAGUAGACUCAUGCCCUCAGGCAGGAAUGUGAAAAGCGUGUUGCAAGGAAGCUUGCCCUUGGCUCCUGUCAGAGUGGCUCCUGCAGUGUCUGGCAGCAGCAUUGAGGCGGACUGGAAUGUGAUCAACCUCCUGCGCACCUACACACCCAGCGACCUGGCCUCACUCUACCAGCCCGCUGUGGCAGGCUCCAGCCACACUGCCGGGAAUUCACCCAGUGCUGGGAGCAGGCCCUUGCUCUUCCCUCAUUACUCCGCUAGCAUCAGUCAGAGGAGAAGUCACCCCAGCCUGCUGCCUAACAGCCGUUCGGCUCCUCCUGACGCCAGCUCUUAGAACUUGACAAUGGCUUGAGAUAUUUGGAUAAAACCACCGCAUCCGCUUCCACCAUGAUGAUGACGACGACGACUACUAGAAGAAAGGUUUAAGUUAAUGACAAACAAGAACAUGUAUUUGAAACAUGCUCACUCCAGACACUACUUCUAAAGGGACAGCCAUGUUACUUAUAUUGAGCGUGUGGUAAGGGGGAUUCAUCUGUUAUCUCGGCCUUGGCCAAGAAGCAGAGCGAACUUGGGAUCAGGCCUUGAACAGUGUUGUUUUCUUGUCAUAAUGUUCCAUUAUGUCAACAGCUUACAGAUGUGGUACCGCACUUAACACCAAACAUGACUUAUCAUGCACUCCUGCUUACUCUACAUGGCCGUUGACUCUUGAAUCAACUGUGUUCAAAAUCAGAUGCUUCGGGGCAGUGCUUUGAUUGCCGGAAAUCUUGAACUAACAAGUGCCUCUUAUACUUGAUCGGAAUGCUGUUACACAAAGGUAGCGUAGACCAAAUAAACUAAGGGGAACUUGACCCAGGUUCGGUUCAGACAGAUAAAAAGUAUGUUUUGUACAUGUUAAAUGAGACAUUUCUAUUUCUAUUUACACUGUGCAGGAAAAAAAUACAUAGAUCUACUUUAUAUUGUGCAGCUUCUGAGAGUUUUUGAUCUUGCAAUUAAAAUGUUUUGGUUUUUUCCAUUGGUGCAAACGAAAGCUGCUGUGUUUUUGUCUCGGAACUGAGACGCAUGAAACAAUGGUGACGUACUGUGUACAUUUAUUUUUCUUCCGUAUUGGGACGACAAAUGCAGGCAUUGUACGGAACCUCUUUACUGUGACAAAACCAGAUGUGCCAUCCUCAGGUCUGAUGGACAAAUAGAACUGUGACUUAGUCUUGCCUUAGUUGUGUGCUAAGCCAGCUCUGUGUGUAGGACUUUCUUUUGGUUUGAUGUUACAUUCUCACAUACCUGAAUGUUCUAUUUGU